CCGGCCCCAGCGGGGCAAGAUGGCGGCGUCCAGGUGGUCCUAGGCGAAGUAGGUGGCUGGGCUAGCGGGAAGGACUACAGGAGAUCCCGGCGGAGGGCUCUGGUACAGCGUAUCCAGUUCUUUGUCGGAGUCGGCCCCAGUGUCUUUGAUCUGGCCAGGAGCGGCCGCGGCCUCGUCGGUGCGGAGAUCCUGGGCACGGCCCUCCAUCCGCGGGAAGCAUAGGCUGAGACUCCGUGAUUUCUCUUUGUUGACGCGGGUGGCCCAGGAGCGCCCGCGACCGUAGAGCCUUAGGGGCCGUUGUGGGGCCCGACAGAAUAUAAGUCUUGAAAUGCUUUGGUGAAAUUUAUUCCUAAGUAUUUUAUUCUUUUCGAUGCUAUUGUAAAUAGAAUUGUUUUCUUAAUUUCGUUUUCUGAUUGUUCUUUAAUAGUGUAUAGAAAUACAAAUGAUUUUUAUAUAUUGAUCUUUUAUAGCCCAAGGUUUUUAAUAAUUUGAAUACUUUUCGGCCAGGCAUGUUCCCACCAGUUUGAUACCGAAUCACCACUCCCCGGUAUGACACAUUUAUCCGCCUGGCUCCUAAUGACAUUUUCCUUAGGUCCCCUAUGGUUGUUCCUGAAAGUUUUUAUCAUCCACAGAUUGUAAACAAUCUAAGGUGGCAGUAAAUAUUGUUGCUGGGCUAUUGACAUCAGGGAGAGCUAAGUAAGGAGGGAAUGGCAAUAAGGUAUGAAUGAGGAGGAAUGAGUCCACCGAACCCAGGGAAAAGGAGCCUUUACUGACGCACAAAAAAGAGAAUCAGGGUUCACUUGCAGAGGGCCCAUCAUCUUUACUGCUUCUAGGGGUGAAUGAGAGUGAAUUCCCUACACUGAAGCAGUGCUGGAAAGAGUCCCACUAGGGAGGCAGCUGGAGUGUCAAGAUGCUGUCGAGACCAAAGCCAGGGGAGUCCGAGGUGGACCUGCUGCACUUCCAGAGUCAGUUUCUUGCAGCUGGUGCAGCCCCAGCAGUACAACUGGUGAAGAAAGGAAGUAGGAGUGGUGGUGAUGCUAACCCGGACCGGCCUCCACUGCAGGAUCAUCGGGAUGUGGUGAUGCUGGACAAUCUCCCAGAUUUGCCCCCAGCUUUGGUUCCUGCUCCCCCAAAGAGAGCCAGGCCCAGCCCCGGCCAUCCCCUGCCUGAACAUGAGGACCCUGAAGAGAGGCUGAACAGGCAUGAUAAGCACAUCACUGCUGUCUUGACUAAGAUUAUUGAACGAGAUACAAGUUCAGUGGCUGUGAAUCUGCCUGUGCCCUGUGGCGUUGCUUUCCCUCCUGUAUUCCAUCGCUCACAGGGGAGACAGGGGAAGCCAGCAACAUCUGGUAAGAGAAGUAUCUUUGCCCAGGAAAUUGCAGCAAGGAGAGCAUCUGAAGCCAAGGUCCCACCAGUUGGAGAAGUUGCAUCUACCUUGGACCCACCAGAGGGUGCUGCAGCCUGUGAGGCACUCACACCUAGGGAGCAGGGCAGCCAGCUUCCAUGGAACAGCUACAGCUUGCAGGGACCCCAUCUGGUUACAGGGAAGGGGCUCAAGAGCCAGGAGGCUGAGCAGGAAGCCCAGACCAUCCAUGAGGAGAACGUAGCGAGACUGCAAGCCAUGGCUCCGGAGGAGAUCCUGCAGGAACAGCAGCGGUUACUGGCUCAGCUUGAUCCCAGCUUGGUUGCUUUCUUGAGAUCUCACAGCCGCACCUGUGAGCAGGCAGAAGAGAAGGCCACAGGGGAGCAGAGGCCAGGAGGUCACUCUGCUGAGGUCACUGGAGAGGAGCCCAUCAUGCCAACUUCUGCCAGUGAGCCCAGGCAAGAAGAUGAGCUGGAGCCAGGAGCACCAGCUCUGGCACUGCCCGUGACCCCCCAGAAAGAAUGGCUGCACAUGGACACUGUUGAGCUGGAGAAGCUCCAUUGGACCCAAGACCUGCCUCCACUCCAACGGCAGCAGACUCAGGAGAGGAUGCAGGCCCGAUUCAGUCUUCAGGGAGAGCUGCUGGCCCCCAGCGUGGACCUUCCCACCCAUCUGGGCCUACACCACCAUGGAGAGGAGGCGGAGAGAGCAGGGUACUCCCUUCAGGAGCUGUUCCACCUGACGCGCAGCCAGGUGUCCCAGCAGAGAGCACUAGCGCUGCAUGUGUUGGCCCAGGUCAUCGGCAGGGAGCUCCUCGAUAGCACCUUCUCUUGGUACCAUGGAGCUUUGGUGUUCCCUCUGAUGCCCAGCCAGGAGGACAAGGAGGACGAGGAUGAGGAUGAAGGGCCCCCAGCAGAAAAGGCAAAAAGGAAGAGCCCGGAGGAAGGAAACCGGCCUCCAUCUGACCUGGCCCGACAUGACGUCAUCAAGGGGCUCCUGGCCACCAAUCUGCUGCCUCGGCUACGCUACUUGCUGGAGGUGACCUGCCCAGGACCUUCUGUGGUCCUUGACAUCCUGGCUGUGCUCAUCCGCCUGGCCCGGCAUUCCCUGGAGUCAGCCACAAGGGUCCUAGAGUGCCCUCGGCUGAUAGAGACUGUGAUUCAAGAGUUCCUGCCCACCAGCUGGUCCCCUAUGGGGGUGAGGCCUACCCUCAGUCUACACAGAGUGCCCUGUGCUCCUGCCAUGAAACUUCUUCGUGUCCUGGCCUCGGCUGGUAGGAAUAUUGCUGCCCGGCUGCUGAGUGGCUUUGAUCUCCGGAGUCGCCUGUGCCGCUUUAUAGCUGAGGCUCCCCAGGAUCUGGCCUUGCCCCCAGAGGAAGCCGAGACACUGAGCACUGAGGCCUUCCGUCUGUGGGCCGUGGCAGCCUCCUACGGCCAGGGCGGUGACCUUUACAGGGAGCUGUACCCUGUGCUGACGCGAGCUCUGCAGGCUGUGCCGAAGGAGCUCAGCAGCCCCUCCCCUCAGCCCCUGGCUCUGCAGAGGACAGCCUCACUGCUCACCGUCCUCACCCAGCUGACCCUAGCAGCCGGUAACACCACCCCUGAGCCCAGAAGUGACUCUGCCGAGGCCAGUCUGUCGGCCACUCCUUCCUCAGUCACUUGGACGCAGGUGUCUGGGCUCCAGCCUCUCGUGGAGCCUUGUCUAAGACAGACCUUGAAGUUGCUGCCCAGCCCUGAGAUGUGGAGCGCCCUUGGCCCAGUGCCCACUGCCUGCCUGCUCUUCCUGGACGCUUACUACCAGGCCUGGAGCCAGCAGCCAGGCGUGUGCCCAGGGGAUUGGCUUCAGGACACGGAGCGCCUGUCGGAGGAGCUGCUGCUGCCGCUGCUGAGCCAGCCCGCUCUGGGCAGACUGUGGGGUUCGCUGGGGUGCUGCUCCCCUCUCUGCAACCCACAGUCCUGUGCUCCGGCCACUGAAGCUCUCUCCAGCCUCGUGUCACUGGGCUGCACAGGAGGCCACCCUCCUCUCAGUCUGGCUGGCUCAGCCUCCCCCUUCCCAUUCCUCACGGCCCUCCUCUCUCUUUUCAACACCCUGGGCUGGAUCCACAAGGGGCUGUGUGGCCAGCUGGCUGCCGUAUUGGCUGCCCCAGGACUGCAGAGCUACUUCCUCCAAUGUGUGGCUCCUGUGGCUGCUCCACGCCUCACACCCUUCUCCACGUGGGCCCUGCGCCAUGAGUAUCACCUGCAGUACCUGGCGCUCGCCCUGGCCCAGAGAGCGGCGACACUCCAGCCAGUGUCAGCCACCAGUGCUGCCCUCUAUCACGGCAUGGCCUUGGCCCUGCUGAGCCGGCUGCUGCCCGGAAGCGAGCACCUCGCCCAUGAGCUACUGCUGAGCUGUGUGUUCCGGCUGGAGUUCCUCCCGGAAAGAGCAUCAGGGGGUCCGGAGGCAGCCGACUUCUCUGACCGGCUGUCCUUAGGGAGCGGCGGGGACCUUGGGUGUGGGCGAGGAACUCUGCUAGCUCAGGCCUGCCAGGACCUCCCCAGCAUCCGCAGCUGCUACCUGACCCACUGCUCACUGGCCCGGGCCAGCCUGCUAGCCUCUCAAGCCUUGCACCGAGGGGAGCUCCAGCGAGUCCCAGCCCUGCUGCUCCCUGUGGCUAAGGAGCCCCUGCUGCCCACUGACUGGCCCUUCCUGCCAUUGAUUCAGCUCUACCACCGGGCCUCAGACAGCCCCUCGGGGCUCCCUCCUGCUGACACUGUGGGCACAGCCAUGCGGGCCCUGCAGUGGGUGCUAGUCCUGGAGAGCUGGCGCCCCCAGGCCCUCCGGGCUGUGCCUCCUGCUGCCCGCCUGGCACGGCUCAUGUGUGUGUUCUUGGUGGACAGUGAAUUGUUCCGGGAGACCCCAAUACAACGUCUGGUGGCAGCCCUCCUGGCCCGGCUCUGCCAGCCUGAAGUCCUACCAAACCUCAACCUGGAUUGCCCACUUCCUGGCCUGACGUCUUUCCCGGAUCUCUAUGCCAACUUCCUGGAGCAUUUUGAGGCUGUGUCUUUUGGGGACCACCUCUUUGGGGCUCUGGUUCUCCUCCCCCUGCAGCGUCGGUUCAGCGUCACCUUGCGCCUUGCCCUCUUUGGGGAGCACGUGGGAGCCUUGCGAGCUCUGGGCCUGCCUCUGACCCAGUUGCCUGUGUCCCUGGAAAACUACACAGCGCCUCCUGAAGACAACCUGGCCCUCCUUCAGCUCUACUUCCGGGCUCUGGUUACUGGUGCGCUCCAAUCACGCUGGUCCCCUGUGCUCUAUGCUGUGGCCGUGGCUCAUGUCAACAGCUUCAUCUUCUGCCAGGACCCAAAGAGCUUGGAUGAGGUAAAGGCUGCCCGCAGGAGCAUGUUGCAGAAAACUUGGCUGCUGGCAGAUGAGGGUCUUCGGCAGCACCUUCUCCACUAUAAGCUUCCUAAUUCUGCCCUUCCAGAGGGUUUUGAGCUAUAUCCCCAGUUGCCCCCUCUGCGUCAGCAGUACCUCCAGAAACUGAUCUCAGGGGUGCUCCAAAAUGGGGUUUCAGAGACCUAGUAUAUAUAGCUGCUGCAGAGGAAGAGAUGGAUACAUUCUAUUGGGGUUCACCAACAGAUGCCUGGCCAGAGAGAAGGGCUUCAUGUCCUAAGAGUGUGCAGGAAACAAUAGAGCAGAAGGCUUGCCUUCCUAGGAGCAAGCUCUUUGAGCUUUUUUGGAGAUUGGUGAGCCUACCCUUAUGUCCUGAUAUCUGGAGCUCAGGAUCUGGGGCUUCUGAGGGUCUGUGCUGGGAGUGAGGGGUGACUUAGCUAUAUACCCCUUCUUGGGGACAAGACAAACUAACUACACCUCUUCCUCUCCCCACCCCAGGCCAGGGUAUAUGAAUACUGGAGCUGAGCAUUGAAAUAAAGAAUUUUUUUAUCUUCUGGGAA